AUGCAAUCUAGGACAGUGCUCAAGCCGAAGGCGCCAUCUAGCAAGCUCAACCCAGAUACAGCACGUCGUUCAUUGCCAAGUUUCGCCAGCAGUGAUUAUUAUGUCCGCGGUGUCGGUAGAGGUGGCAUCUUACAAACAAAGCGUCGUACCACCACAUCCUCUGCUCGGCGAGAACCCUCCUCCAAACUUGCACCCGCCAUUCCAUUUUCCAUUGAUGCGGCCCUGAAGGGCACCCUGUCGGCUUACGCAUCUUCCUCGCCAGCAUCUGCUCCAGCCUCGUCAGCCCUUAUUUUGGACGAAUCUGAGAUGGAAGCAUCGUGGUUCUUCAGCAUCCAUGAAGAUACACCUGAACAAGAGAUUACCAAUCUGCUCCAACACAGUACAUGCGUUCUGGAUAUCAGCAGCGAUGAAGAAUCAGAACAGAAGGCUCGGCAUGCGAAAGCGGAGGGUAGGGAUAAAGAGAACAUCCCUCCAGCCAAUGACGCCAGUCAAACAAGUCGGUCACGGUUGGAAGCAACAGACAGUAUGCUUGUGGACAAGACACGCAACCCGCUAUCGCAAUUGAACGCUGCAGAUUUCUACGAAGCGGGUUGCGAUGAGACAUCCAUUGUGCUCGUCUCGUGCGACGACUUGGAAGAGGACGGAUCUGGGGACAAGCUGUCGCGACCUGUCAAGUCAUCCGCGGAAACUGUGACUACGGAACCUACUUCGAUUCCUAUAACCGAUGAGCCCACGGCCGGAUCAGUUGAUGCAUCGGUAGAAGAACUUAUGGCUUGUCGGGGGGGACCAGAAGCAGUCGUCACCGUUGUUAAAUCAAUUGACGGAACAUGCCAGAAUUUCGAUGUGUGGGAAAGCGGAAGCUCCAGGGAGGAGAAUUUGUCGCCUGCACCACCGCUGUUAAGUGAAGACCUCGUACUGUUUCUCGAUCUGGACGAAGAGCAAGCCAAGAAGCGAGGUGGCUGGGGAGACGAGCUCUACGAGAAGGCGGAAAUGCAGCGUAGGGUGAAAGACCUCUUCUGGGGACUGAGUUUUGGCCGCAUAGAUGUCAAGGGUGCGGUGAAGGCCGGCGAAGAUCACGCAGAUUUUGCAGUGGGAUUGACAUUCAGACAGGAAGAAGAAGAUUUAUCGGUUGUUGACGCAUCGGCAAGUGCCCAUGACGUCGCGGACGCGAUUUGGAAAAUUGUACACCCUCGUAUUUCGGCCGUUGAUAGAGGCGAAGCUGGUAAAGUCGUUAGACGGGUUUCAUGA